UGUUAUAUCGUUAUGGGUUCAAGUUACUCGGGAUCACGCCGAACUAGAAGCUCGAGUGGCAAGGAACAUGAAGACCUCGAACGGUGGAGAAAAAACUCCCAGGAGGUCCAUCGACGUGACAGUAUUGAGGCGGCCAAAACACCAGCGCUGUUCCGAGAUAUACGGAGUAGCAACGAUCGAGUCGUCUUGUACACUACGGAUGGUGUAUCUCCCAAUGGCUUUAGAGUUGACCUUACUCUUAGGGAGAAAAGCGUUAUAUUUAACAAAAAGAUGAUUGAUGAAACUAAUGGUGAACAUAGGACUCCCGAGUACACUACUAUCAAUCCACGGCAGAGAACUCCAACCCUUAUUCACGAUGAUAUAAUCAUCACGGAGAGCUGUGCGGCUAUGCAGUACAUCGACGCGGUCUUCAACAGAGACAUACGAUUGCAACCAAAAGAUCCUGUUCGAUUGGCCAAGUGCUUGCAGUACAUUCACGAGUUUGAAUGCAAUCUUGAUCCUAAGAACGUUGCCCAUAAGGUGCUCCAGCAACAGAUGGGCAGAGACCAACUCGUGGAGGAAAUAGAAGCUUUGGAAGCGGAGCUUGUUAUAUGGGACGGCUAUUUGAAGGAUAAGGAGUACCUUGUUGAUGACUUCAGUCUCGCGGACAUCGCGGUGUUCCCUUUGAUCGCGCAGUUGACUGAAUGCUUCGGCUUGGACCUCGCCGACUAUCCUAAUCUACGGCGAUGGUACUCUAACAUGAGAGAUCGGCCCUCACUCGAAGAGCAUCCUUUCUUCGCAGCUUGUGCCAAGAUUGACACACUUCAUGGCAUCACCUCUGCUCAACGCAUGGUGCUCGCCAGACAAUGA